AAACACAAAUGUUUCAAUAAGAUCUCCGAGAUGUUGCAACUAAAGCUCUGAUGAGAUGUGUCGAUGAGACGUAUAUUAGAUGUUUUUGAAUCCUUAAUAUCGCAUGUGUCUGAGAUGUCACAUUUUCAAUGCCCCAGGGAUAGUUCGCCUAGUGCUCAAUACAAACAUCUCAGUGGGACUUGUAUGCCAUAUCGCUGGGACUAAACAGAGGUAUCUGAAAAACGUGUCAUCUAGCUCCCAGAGCUGUAUCAAUACGGUCUCUGAGAUGUCACAACUAAAGCUCAAAUGCUAUGUCUCUACGAGGUACAAGCCGAAUCACCGGGAUUAAACAAAGACGUGUCAGAAAUAUAUCAUGUAUCUAACGUAGAUGUUUCAAUAAGAGGUGCUGUAAAAUAUAUGUAACUUCUCAACGCGACACACGUACGUGUAGUAGUAAUAUAACGGGUGAUUCAUAUAAUGAUUGCGGACAAUUUGAAUUUUCAGUUGGGUACACAAAACAUUCAUAAAGUGGGUCACAUGCCAAAUGUCAUUUAUUUAAAUGCGGAUUAAUUUAAUGGAUAAUGCCAAUGCCUUACGUAAAAACCACUAAAAUCUACAAUCAGUAGGUUUUGUACAUCAAGAACUUAAUUAUUACCGAAGCGGGUCGUUGAUGAGAUAUGAAUUUCGAACCGAAUCAUAACAGACAAAUUUAUUUCAUAUUACUAACUUAGAUAUAUCUGUUAAAAUACCAUAGCUGAACUAAUUUUUAAUAAAUACGAUUUUUAGAUAGGUAUAGUAUGAAUUAAAUAUAAUUUUUGGGGUUUAUUCGUUUUUUUUUUCAGUAGGCCACGAAAUAUUAUAAUCGCCGUGCGAGUACAAAGUCAACAACUUUGUAAAUUCUUUGAAUUGAAUCUUGUUUACUUAAGGUACCUGUUUAGCGGAUCGAAAAGUGUGCUUAACCGGUUCUAGGGUGGAUAUUCGUUUUCGUUUUAAGGGUCGUUCAUUCAUUGAUUUCGUGCGCGUCCUCGUGAUUGUUAAUUUUGAUUUGUGUUCGUGAUUAGGUACAUUUCCGGAAUCCGGUUGGUUUGAAGGCAUCACUAUAGGUAAGUACGUACCUAAUCUAUCUAUUUUUGUUUGUGUAUUUAAUUAAGAUUGAAAUUAUAUAAGCAAAGAUAAAUGCAAGUUUUUCGAUUUUGAUGCACAUUAGAUAGAUGGACAGGCGAAUUACUAUAAAAUCUUAAUAUUUGUGUGAAUAUGUAAUCACCGGCAAUAAAUUAGCGAAAUUUCAGACAAAUUCCGUUUACACAAUCAAUGGAACGUGUGGGUUAAAAAUAUUGAAAUUAAGAAAUUUCUCCCUGUAACUGUAAACAGUUUACUGUAGAUUUUGGCGCUGAACUGUUUUUUCGCAUUUGUCCUUACGGGUCACGGAAUUAUUAUCCUGAUGAGCGUACUUCUCGCGAUCAAUAUCCAGUGAAUUUUUACCCUACUGAUGAUGACCACUUAGUGGUCGAAAUACGUAUUUAGGUUUUUUUAAAACUUAUUGUGGUAAAGGGAGAAAUUUCUUAAUUUCAAAAUUCCGUUUAGCCUAGGGUUGGUAUAAGGAAACAAAAUUGCCGUUUCUACAAUACAAUUUUGAUUCUAUACAAUCACACAAUGUAUAAACUAGAAAAGGAUUUAGUUUAAUUUAUAAUGUUAAACAUUACUUAAGCAAUUUGGAAUUGAAAACAAAGUGUUGUUCAAGAUCUCUAGGGGUAUGUAUCUGUUUCACGCAAACCGUUGCCUAAAAGUAUUCAAGCUCUCAUUGACAAUAUGAAUCUGAAAAGUUGCUACCAAUAUAAUUUUUCAUAAUUUAUUGAAGGAAAAUAUUAUCGUGAUCGUUACAUUUCCGGUUAUACCGGAUGUCGAUAGCAAUUUUUUUAUUUUGAAUAGAACACCCCAUAUUUUAUCGCAUUUUAGAAAUCUACAUGAAAAUCUACGUCUUUUGAUAGAGAGAAAAUAUUUUUGAUAAUCUAAUUGACUCGUAACUAUGGAUCACUGUUUUUUUGUAGCGUAGGCUGCAUAGUAAAUUCCGAGAUAAAUGCCGCAAAAAGCAAUAUGGGCACGAUGCCCGUUUUUAGCGCAUUUUUUUUAAUAAUUAACACACGAUUUACCCGUCAUGGUAUUCUAAGGAAAGGACUCAUCAAAAGGAAUUGGUUUCUAUACAAACUAUAAGUGUACCACAAUAUUGUUGGUGAAAAUUUAACUUAAUUGGUAUAACAUUCAUAAUUGAGUUGACUUCACAUGAGGUACUUAUUUUGCAUCUAUGCUGGGAAUGCAUCUUAUACUGAGGUUGCCAUAUUCUUUUGUGUUUUCGAAGGUCUAAGUAAAAAGACAAAAAUGGAGACUAGUGGAAAGAGAGAUGAAUCCUAACACAGCCAUUUGUUCGCGUGCCACUGUUUCAGUCCCAACUCCAAACCAUAUAAUGGAGAAAACAUCUCCAAUUCCGGUGGACAAUUACGUUAUAGACCAGGGCUGCGAUACCGCUACUUGGUUGGGUUCUGCAUCAUCAAUAGGUGAACAUAGUACAGGCACUAGUUUGCCAGCUGCUCAUUCCCAGGCUAAUUCGGUAAACUCGGAAACAUUCAGUGUUUAUGUAAAAGAUAUUGAAACUAACACAUAUGAUAGUUCUAGUGGUUUACAAGAAGAUCUGAGAACAUGGGUUAUCAAGUAUUCACAAAUACCCAGAACUGCAGUGAAUGAUUUGCUGGCUUUGCUAAGAAGGAAUGGUCACUGUGAUUUACCAAACGAUUCCAGAACAUUAUUGAGUACACCCAGAAACUCAGCCAAUUUUAUCGAAACAUUUAGUUCAGGUCGUUACGCACACUUUGGAGUGUAUGAGCAAUUGAAAGACUCUAUCGUGAAACACUACCCUAAAAACCAAUACCCUACUGAAGUGAAUCUACUUAUAAACAUAGAUGGGCUACCACUGUCAAAGAGUUCAGCUAUUCAAUUUUGGCCUAUACUAUGUGCUAUCCUUUCUAGUGAAUUCUACACAACCCCAUUCCCUAUAGGAAUUUUUGAAGGAAAUACGAAACCAGAUGACGUAAACCAAUUUUUUAAAAAAUUUGUAGACGAAACCAAUACCAUUCUACAGUCGGGUAUAAUUUUAGAUCAUAAAACCAUUGUGGUAAAACUGCACGCUAUUGUAUGUGAUGCUCCAGCCAAGGCGUACGUAUGUGGUAUAAAAAACCAUACAGGCUAUUUUGGUUGUCCCAAAUGUAUUCAACAAGGCGAAUUCAUUGAAAAUAGGGUUGUGUUUACCGAGACAAGUUCAAGUGAGAGAACUGAUGCAUCAUUUAAAAACAGAAUUCACCCCGAACACCAUAGAGAAACGACAGCAUUGGAAAAAUUACCCAUAGGAAUGGUAUCACAAGUGGGACUGGAUUAUAUGCAUUUAGUUUGCCUGGGUGUUAUGAAACGUCUGCUUCAGUUUUGGGUGAAAGGAAAAUUAAAUAUCAGAUUGAAGCCAAAUAAAUUGGAAGAAGCUUCCAGUAAACUAAUAUCGAUGAGAGCCUAUAUUACUCUAGAAUUUGCACGACAGCCAAGGAGUUUAAAUGAAAUUGAUCGUUGGAAGGCGACAGAGUUUCGACAAUUUCUGCUGUAUACGGGGCCAAUUGUAAUGAAUAAUAUAUUGUCUGUGAAAACCUAUAGACACUUUAUGUGUUUAAGUGUAGCUAUUAGAAUAUUGUGUGAUGGUAAUUCUGAUACUGACUUGAUAGAUUAUGCACAUAACUUGCUUCUAUAUUUUGUACGAAAAUAUGGAAAUAUGUAUGGAUUACAUUAUCUAUCAUAUAAUGUACAUAAUUUGAUACAUUUAGCGCAAGAUGUAAAGAGAUUGGGACAGUUAGAAAAUUUCAGUGGUUUUAAAUUUGAGAAUUACUUAUAUAACUUAAAAAGAAAGCUCCACAUAUCGGGUAGACCCCUUGAACAAAUAUGCAACAGAAUUAUAGAGGAAAAGAAUCACAACAGAAAUGUUUUACAAAAGUAUCCUAUUUUACAUUCCAAGCUUAAUGUAAUUUACAAAGCAGAGUUUGAGUCGUUCACCCUAACUACGACUGCACCAAAUAGUUAUUGUAUCCUUUAUGACGGGAGAGUUGUAAAUAUUUUGAAAAUAUCUCAGAAAACUAAUGUCUUAUGUUUCACCGUGAACACAUACAAAACUAAUACAUCUUUUUUUUCUGUUCCAUGUAAAUCAGAAAGUUUAGGCAUUUUGUAUGUAGCAGAUGUGAUGGAAGACACUUUUGAAAUACCAUUUUCUGAUAUAAAAAAUAAAUGUAUGUGCCUUAAAUAUUUAGAUGGAUAUGUUGUUAUGCCAUAUUUGCAUUAAUUACCAAUUGUAAAAUUAUGUUGUACAUUUUAUUAACCACUGUAUAAAUGUACCUAUACUCUACUUACUAACACUUAAUCACACCAUUUCUAUACUAUCUAUAGGAAGAAAAUUAU